CUUCGUUCCUGGAACCAAAUAAAGCGCCGUCAAAACCAGCCCUUCCCAUACCUGAAAGUACCUAGACCGACUAAAUCAGAAUUAAACCAUAAAUCAGAAAUAUAGCACCGAUGCGCCUAAGUUGGCGACAGCUCGGUGGGGCCGUCUUGCUCCUUCUUCAAGGGCAGGCGGCUCUGUCGGCGCUCACAGUCCAGGUGAAUAGUAAGGAUUCAUUGGCCAAUGCGGGGAAGGAUAUCGCCGAUCCUAUGAUGACCUUCUAUGCCCAAAAUCAAACGGAGGGUAUUCCCGGCAAACUCACCGAUACUUGGUAUAUCGCCGGUGCUAUGUUCAUGACCUUGAUUCAGUACUGGGCCUCGUCCGGGGUUGAUCAAUACAACAAGGUUGUGUCACAUGAUCUCAUGUUCCAGUCGGGUGAUAACUACGAUUACUUCUCUUCCAACUACAGUCAGUGGCUGGGAAACGAUGACCAAAUGUUCUGGGGUCUUGCUAGUAUCACCGCGUCGGAGACCGGCUUCCCGGAAAUCUCGGGUAAGCCCUCAUGGACCUCGCUGGCCCGCGCAGUAUUCAACAUGCAGGUUGGCCGGUGGGAUGAGAGUGCUUGCAAUGGUGGCCUGCGGUGGCAGAUUUGGCCCUACCAGGCAGGCUACACCAUGAAGAACUCCAUCUCGAAUGGUGGUCUCUUCGAGCUGUCCGCUCGUCUCGCCCGCUUUACCAAGAACGCCACCUAUGCAGAGUGGGCUGAGAAGAUCUGGGACUGGUCGGCGAGCUCCCCGCUCGUUCGUACCGAGAAGUGGUAUGUGGCGGACUCGACAUCGAACGAGAACAACUGCAAAGACUCCGGCAACAACCAAUGGACGUACAACUACGGAACGUACCUGUCCGGAUGCGCGUUUAUGUAUAAUUACACGAAUGGCGACGAAAAGUGGCUGAAGCGCGUCAAUGGGUUGCUGGACAGCACUCUUGCCACAUUCUUCCCCCAAAACUUCGGCGGCAAUGUCCUGUCUGAGGUGGCAUGUGAGCCUAUCAUGAGCUGCGACCGUAACCAAUUGGGCUUCAAGGGCUACACAGCCAUGUGGCUGGCCCAUACAGCGAUCCUAGUCCCUUCGACGGCGGAUCGAAUCGUCCCCAAGCUGCAGGGCUCCGCAGAAGCAAUUGCAAAACAGUGUUCUGGCGAAGGCAGAAACCUCUGCGGUGAAACAUGGGGUAAACCCACCUGGGAUGGGAUGUCGGGCCUAGAGGUGCAGAUGGCUGCCCUGGGAGGGAUCACGUCGAAUCUGAUGCUGCUGGAGAGCAAGUCCCCGCAGACGGUUGAUACGAAUCCCGACGCCGCGGAACAUCACAUUGAUAACAACGACCAGAACAGCAAGGACCCCACGAGGUCGAAGCCAAUUCAGACCGCCGAUAGGGCCGGAGCCUGGAUCCUGACGGUCAUGAUUGCGGCCGGAGCGAUGGGCGCUGUGGGGUGGUUGAUCAAGACGCAAUAAGCGAUCGGGUUGCUUUUAAAAGUAUUCUUGUACAGAUCUUUAUCUUUGUCCUGAAGCCGGUCAGGUGGGACAUAUCUUCUAUUCCGGAAAUAGCUUUCGUACAUCAUGUUUUACUACUAUGGUUGCUUUUAAUCAUGGCAAUUCAAUCCAUA